GAUGCUUCCCAGCUGGGAAUCCCUUCUGUCUGACAGCGGAGGGGGGAGGAAGGGCGAGGAGGAGGAGGAGCGGCAUCAACAAGCAAUAACAGGCACAACACCAUCCGUCUCCCCGAGCAUCCCCUGCUGCCUUCUCUCCUAAUAAGGGGAUGCCUUCUGGAGGAGACGGCCCAGGCUGCCUGCCAGCCAGCAGCUAGAGCACGCGUCCUGCACCCUGCCAGACAAAAGGGACCUAGUCACCGACAAGGGGGCGCCUGAGCAGGUGACGAGCAACACCCCGGAUAGACCCGUCACCCGGAUCUCUGACCUCCCUCCUGUGCACGCUCCCCACCGAUUCCCGCCUUCCUCAACAAAGGAUCAUGGGAUAAUAGCGCCACCAGCACCCAAGGCCACUGGGAUAUCUUCAUCAGCGCCGCUAUUGGGAUUGCGCGCUGGAACGUUCAGGCUUUUCCUACAUGCCCUCCCGGAUUAUUCUUCAGGACGUAACAAGUGUGCCAGUCUUAGGUCGGGUACCACAGACCUCUCCUUAGUCAGAUGACUUAUCCUUGAGGAGCGGGGUACACUGUGGAAGUUUUCUGGGGGGGUCCAGGGCCCCUUGCCUUGUGGUCAGUUAUAGCGAACCUUGAGGGUGGGCACCUGGCAUUGGGGGGUAGUACAGGUUGCAGAUACAAGUUCCUUGCAUAGUGGUCUCCUUUGAUGAUUUUAUGGGGUAGUGCAGGUCGGCCCGUGCAUUGUGCCCAGUGACCCUCGUAGCCUCUAACAUUAGGUAAUAGGGUGGGCACCUGGCAUCGCAGGCCUGUGUAUACAUUGUGGAAGUUCUUUGCUUGCAGCCUACACCCCCAGCCUGGUAUCCUAAACACAUAUACAUGUACCCUCUGCCCUGUGACGCUGCAUACAAUACACUGAAUGCACGGAUGGCGAGGGUCUUACAGAUAUCAGCUUAUUAUAGGCUGCCCUGGAUGAGAUAAUCACAUGUUCACCUCCAGCCUCGGUGCCUGAUGCCCGUUCUGACUUCUGCUGUCUAAGCAUACUUCUGCUUGAGGCUAGAAAGGGUUAAUAGAGCACCCUCCGCACGUGUAGGUGAGCCCCAGUGAUUGGCAUUGAGAGUCAGCGGCUGAUUUGAAUACAGGUGCUGUCAGUGCAGCAGGUGGAUGGGCACAGCCUGGCAUUAUAGGACUUCUUCAUAAACAUUCCCCGACCCCAGGUAAGAGAUUAUCAGCUACCAAUGAGCCGCAAGAAGACCACCGGCAUCGGGUAGCUGUAUGGGCCGAGGUUACCAGUCCUCCAGUUCCCGGAAGUUGGAACCCUCGGAUCUGGCGGCUCUGGCCCGUGGACCUCGCUGGCUCUCUAUGUCUGCUUUUUUUGAUCAAUUUUGCUUGGAUCGGACUAGGACAUUGUACGUGCUGCUUCUUGUGUGGUUGGGGUGGUACGUACCACCACCCUUCAUGUGAUCUGUGCGGAGCAGGAUAGACGGCAGGAGAUACCCAUGGGAUAAGGAUGCCUGUCCGAAGAGGUCACGUCGCCCCUCAGAACACCUUCCUGGACACCAUUAUAAGGAAAUUCGAAGGACAAAGUCGGAAGUUCAUUAUCGCCAACGCCCGUGUGGAAAACUGUGCCGUCAUCUACUGCAACGAUGGAUUCUGCACCAUGUGCGGGUACACGAGGGCGGAGGUCAUGCAGAGACCCUGCACCUGUGACUUUCUCUAUGGCCCCCGUACCACCUCCAGCGCGGUGUCGCAGAUCGCUCAGGCCCUGGUGGGAUCCGAGGAGCGUAAGGUGGAAAUCGCUUUCUAUCGCAAAGAUGGAAGCUGCUUCUUGUGUCUGGUUGACGUGGUCCCUGUGAAGAAUGAGGAUGGUGCCGUCAUCAUGUUUAUCCUCAACUUUGAGGUGGUGAUGGAGAAGGAUCAUCUGACCUCACCGACCAAGAACUCCAAUCACCGGGUUCAAUCACAUUGGUUCCCGUCAGGUAGAGGAAAGUCCUUCAGACUGAAGUUCCCUGCAUUGCUGACGCUGACCAGCAGUAAGCAGUCCCUACCCCAGGAGGACCCUGAUGUCGUGGUGGUCGACCUCUCCAAGCACAGCAGUGACUCUAUGGCUUUGGAGGAUGUGACCGUCGCUCCGGUGGAUAACUGUGUGGGCUGUCGGCCAGAGGACCAGCAGGCACUGAUCAGUGGCACAUUGCCUAAGAGGGAGGAGGAUGGCAGCAAAGAUCCUGCAGUGCAGUCUUCUCCCCGGGCGGACAAGGACCACCUCAACCUGGAUAUGUCCUUCUCUAACUGUAGCCUGACCCGCACCCGCUCCCGGGAAAGCUUCUACAGCAUCCGCAGGGCCUCUUCCGUGGAUGACAUAGAGGCCAUGAAGGUCGACUUGGACAAGAAGUUUCGGAAGCGUAACUCUAGCACAGGUGCCACGAACAACGUGCGGAUGAACCUCCUGAACUCCACAUCAGACUCUGACCUCAUGAAGUACAGGACCAUCAGUAAGAUCCCGCAGAUCACCCUCAACUUUGUGGACUUUAAGGGGGAUUCGUUCCUCGUGUCACCGUCCAACGAAAAGGAGAUUAUUGCCCCCACCAAGCUGAAGGACCGAACUCACAAUGUGACGGAGAAGGUCACGCAGGUCCUGUCGCUAGGAGCCGAUGUCCUUCCCGAGUACAAGCUACAAGCUCCUCGUAUCCACAAAUGGACAAUUCUCCACUACAGUCCUUUCAAGGCCGUCUGGGACUGGCUGAUCCUCCUGCUCGUCAUCUAUACCGCCAUCUUCACACCGUACUCUGCCGCCUUCCUUCUGAACGACCAGGAGGAGCCAAACAGAGAAAAGUGCGGCUACUGCAACCCGCUCAGUGUGGUGGACUUGAUGGUUGACAUCAUGUUCAUAAUUGACAUCCUCAUCAACUUCCGCACCACCUACGUCAACACCAAUGAAGAAGUGGUCAGCCACCCGGGCAAGAUCGCCAUCCACUACUUCAAAGGCUGGUUCCUCAUCGACAUGGUGGCUGCCAUUCCUUUCGAUCUUCUGAUUUUUGGCUCCGGCUCUGAGGAGACUACCACCUUGAUUGGUCUGCUGAAGACGGCGCGACUCUUACGCUUGGUACGAGUGGCCCGAAAGUUGGAUCGAUACUCUGAGUAUGGAGCAGCCGUGCUUUUUCUCUUGAUGUGCACCUUCGCCCUCAUUGCUCAUUGGCUGGCCUGCAUCUGGUACGCCAUUGGACACAUGGAGCACUAUGACCAGGAAUAUCGCACGAUCGGCUGGUUGUACUCACUGGGCACCCAGAUCAUGAAACCAUACAACAACAGCAACACCAAAUCUGGGCCGACCAUCAAUGAUAAAUACGUCACUGCCCUGUACUUCACCUUCAGCAGUCUGACCAGUGUCGGCUUUGGGAAUGUGUCACCAAACACCAACUCUGAGAAGAUUUUCUCCAUUUGUGUCAUGCUGAUUGGAUCGCUCAUGUAUGCCAGUAUUUUUGGGAAUGUGUCCGCCAUCAUCCAGCGUCUGUACUCUGGCACUGCCCGGUACCACACUCAGAUGCUGCGGGUCCGGGAGUUCAUCCGUUUCCAUCAGAUUCCCAACCCCCUGCGGCAGCGCUUGGAGGAGUAUUUCCAGCAUGCGUGGUCCUAUACCAACGGCAUCGACAUGAACGCAGUCUUGAAAGGUUUCCCAGAGUGCCUCCAGGCGGACAUUUGUCUCCAUCUGAACAGAAGUCUUCUUCAGAACUGCAUGCCUUUCAAAGGAGCCACAAAGGGAUGUUUGCGGGCCCUGGCCAUGAAGUUUAAGACCACCCAUGCCCCUCCCGGGGACACCUUGGUACAUGCAGGCGAUGUUCUUACGGCCCUGUACUUCCUGUCCCGGGGGUCCAUUGAAAUCUUACGUGGGGAUGUGGUGGUUGCCAUACUGGGUUAG